AUGAAACCAACAGCUGAAGAAAAGAAGGAAUACGUUUUGAGGUUAAAGAAGUCUUUAUAUGGCUUGAAACAGAGCCCUCGGUGUUGGAAUAAAAAGUUCGCAGAAGAAUUGAAAAAGCUUGGCUUUGAAGCUGAUGUGAACGACCCUUGCCUGUUUUGGAUUCGUAAUGGAAAGUUCCAAGGUUUCCUGAUUAUUUACGUCGAUGACAUGAUUUUUGCCGGAAAUGACCUGAAAAUACUGAACCGAUAUAUCAAGAAAUUGAAACGGAUUUUUAAGAUGAAAGAUAUGGGAGAACCGACUAAGUUCUUAGGCCUGAAUGUAAAGAGAGAUAGAAAGAACCGAAUUUUAACGCUUGAUCAAUCCGAUUAUUGUCAAGAAAUUUUGAAGCGUUUCAACAUGCAAGAUUGCAAUUCCACGCAAAUCCCGAUGUGCCCGAAAUCAAAGAAACCCGAAAAAGUACCUGAGAAAAAGAAGAGAAAGAAGUACAAUAAGAAAGAACGUAGACGAAUGAAUCGUCUAAAUCAAACAAAAUUUGAUGGAGCCCCGUUUCCGUACCGAGAAGCAAUUGGAAGCUUAUUAUACUUAGGAAAUGCCACCCGACCUGAUAUUAUGUUCGCGAUAAAUUGGUUAAGCCGAAAACAGUGUAACCCGACUCAAGCUGAUUGGCAAGCUGUAAAACAGAUUUUCCGAUACCUGAAAGGCACUACCCGACUUGGCCUGAAAUAUACUGGAACCCAGAAAGGAAUUGUUGGACACUCUGACGCCAGUUUUGGUGACUGUGACGACACGAAGAAGUCAACAGCCGGAGUUUUAGUACGUCUGAAUGGAGAUUUAGUGACUUGGUCCAGCAAGAGACAAGGUACUGUAGCGAAUUCGACAUGCGAAGCUGAGUACGUAGCUAUAAAUUCGUGUCUCCUCGAAAGCGUGGGAGUUAACGAAACCGUAAGAAGAGCUACUGGAAAACGUCUUGACCCGAUUUUAAUCUACGGAGACAAUACAGCAUCCCUGAAAUGUACCAACAAACCCGGAUCCCCGAAACUGAAACACCUGACUGAAAUUAAAGUUUACACAAUUCUCGAUUACGUGAUUAAGAAUAAAGUGAAACUUGAAUGGGUAGAAUCUGCCGAACAAGACGCCGAUAUCCUGACUAAAGCGUUACCGAGAGAAGCGUUUCAGAAGCUGAGAGACAGAUUGUUGAGUGUAGUAUGA